AGUUUGCUGAAGACAACGAACCCGACAAGUGCCAAGUCGAGGAAACGCGGAUACGAGACGCAUAGAAAACGGAUUUAAUUUGCGGCACUACAAAAACCACUUCCCACCAAAAGGUAUAAAGUCGAAGAAGAAAAACAAUUCAACACCUUCCACCAUCAACGGAAUUAGUCACUUCCCUUAAGUGUAAAUCGUACAUAUUCGUUUAAGAUUUAUUCAAAUUUGAAUUCAAAGCUACCACAAAGUAACAUAAGAGCCGUGGUAACGGCAACGUCUGCGCGGUAAAGGUGACGACAGAGAUCAACGAAAAAUUUCAAUAAACAUCUUUCGUUUAAACAAGGCUGUGUUGACUGUUUUGGUGUAACCGUGGGAGAGAAAGAUGUCUAACAUCAAACAUCGCCCUCUGGCCCCGCCAGGCACGGGCGAUAGUGAUGACAAUUUCACGGAUGACGAGAGUACACCAUUGACACAUGAUAUUUAUGGCGGAAGCCAACGAACAAUACAGGAAACAAAAGGCUGGGAUGUAUUUCGAGAUCCACCAAUUAAAAUUGAAACAGGUUCAACGGCGAAUCAGGAAUGUUUGGAGUUAACGGUGAAAAUCCUAAAAAUCGUGGCCUACAUCAUUACCUUUAUUGUAGUUUUGGGUGGCGGAGUAAUGGCAAAGGGCACUGUCCUGUUCAUGACAUCGCAGCUCAAUAAAGACAAAAGAGUAGAAUUUUGUAAUAAAGACUUGGGUCGUGAUAAGACGUUCGUGGUAAAAUUACCAGAAGAGGAACGCAUUGCAUGGCUGUGGGCUUUGAUAAUUGCGUUCGCUGUCCCGGAAGUAGGUGCUCUCAUACGUUCGACACGUAUUUGCUUUUUCAAAACUUUCAAAGUACCACAAAAAUCACAUUUCAUGUUCAUGUUCAUCAUGGAGAGCUUGAACACGUUCGGGACGGCUUUGUUAAUGUUCGUGGUAUUGCCCCAAUUGGAUGCCAUACAAGGAGCUAUGUUGACCAAUUGCCUUUGUGUGGUGCCGGGUAUAUUGGGCCUAAUGUCGAGAACAUCAAAGGAGGGCAAACGUUUCGCAAAAAUGCUAAUCGAUCUGGUGGCCUUGGCAGCGCAGGUUACUGGCUUCGUGGUCUGGCCCCUACUAGAAAACCGCAAAGAACUUUGGGUUAUUCCGGUGGCCUGUCUAAUGAUUUCGUGUGGCUGGUGGGAAAACUAUGUGGACUCUCAGUCAUCGUUUGGCAUAAUACGCGCUAUGGGCAGAAUUAAGGACGAUUUGAAAUACACCCGUUACUUUAGCCACAUGUUUUUAUCGAUUUGGAAAAUUGCGCUGUUUAUGUGCUCGGUCUUGUUCAUCUAUUGGACGCAAGGAGAUGAACCAGGAAAUAUCUUUACCAUGUUUGGCGAUGCGUUUGGACCACACAAAAUUUCCGUCGACGAGUUGGCCACGACGCUCUCGGGAAGCUUACCGGACACUAUCGACGCAGCCAACAUCGAUAGCAUAGACAUUGACGCAGCUCACUACACUGUUAUUUAUGUCCUUUUGAUACAGAUUUUCGGAGCCUACCUUUGCUACAUCUUCGGCAAGUUUGCUUGCAAAAUUUUGAUCCAGGGCUUCAGUUAUGCCUUCCCCGUCAGCUUGACCAUACCGAUCUCAGUAUCACUGCUUAUUGCCGCCUGUGGCAUUCGCAUUGACGAUCCUUGUUUCUUUCAUGAUACCAUACCGGACUAUUUGUUCUUUACCAGUCCAUCGAACUUCAGAUUUAAUGAUUUCGUCACUCAACAAAUGGCAUGGGCUUGGAUUCUGUGGUUGCUUAGCCAGACCUGGAUCAGCCUGCACAUUUGGACCCCGAAGUGUGAACGUUUGGCCACCACGGAAAAACUCUUCGUAAAGCCCAUGUAUUGUGCCCUGCUAAUAGAUCAGUCGAUGGCCAUGAACCGAAGAAGAGAUGAUCAGGCGGAUGUUAAGACUGAGGACCUCUCUGAAAUUGACAAGGAAAAAGGAGAUGAAUACUAUGAGACCAUAUCGGUGCACACUGAUGGCUCCGCUAUACAAAGCAAACCCACCGUCAAGUCUUCCGAUCAUAUUACCCGCAUCUAUGCUUGUGCUACUAUGUGGCAUGAAACCAAAGAUGAGAUGAUGGAGUUCUUGAAGAGUGUCAUGCGCUUGGAUGAAGAUCAGUGCGCUCGGCGAGUAGCUCAGAAAUAUUUAAGGAUUGUCGAUCCCGAUUACUAUGAAUUUGAGACCCACACCUUCUUCGAUGACGCUUUUGAAAUUUCCGAUCACAGUGACGAUGAUAUUCAAGUUAAUCGUUUCGUCAAAUUGCUGGUAGCCACAAUGGACGACGCUGCCUCGGAAAUCCAUCAAACCACCAUUCGUUUGCGGCCGCCUAAGAAAUAUCCCACACCUUAUGGUGGGCGUUUGGUAUGGACCCUGCCGGGCAAGACAAAGUUCAUAGCUCACUUGAAGGACAAAGAUCGUAUUCGUCAUCGUAAGCGUUGGUCUCAAGUCAUGUACAUGUACUACUUGUUGGGCCAUCGCCUCAUGGAGUUGCCUAUUUCCGCAGACCGCAAGGACACCAUUGCCCUGAAUACCUAUCUGCUUACUCUGGAUGGUGACAUUGAUUUUAAGCCCAAUGCGGUAACAUUGUUGGUGGAUUUGAUGAAGAAGAACAAGAAUUUAGGUGCGGCUUGUGGACGUAUUCAUCCCGUGGGUUCGGGGCCUAUGGUAUGGUAUCAGCUGUUCGAGUACGCCAUUGGUCAUUGGCUGCAAAAGGCCACGGAACAUAUGAUCGGUUGUGUACUUUGUAGUCCUGGUUGUUUCUCACUCUUCCGUGGAAAGGCCUUGAUGGACGACAAUGUCAUGAAGAAGUACACUACCCAGUCAGACGAGGCUCGGCAUUAUGUGCAAUACGAUCAGGGCGAAGAUCGUUGGCUGUGUACAUUGCUCUUGCAGAGAGGCUAUCGUGUCGAAUACUCAGCCGCCUCAGAUGCCUACACCCAUUGUCCAGAAGGCUUCAAUGAAUUCUACAAUCAACGUCGUCGUUGGGUACCCUCAACUAUUGCCAACAUUAUGGAUCUGCUGGGCGAUGCCAAACGCACAAUCAAAAUCAAUGACAACAUUUCGCUGCUCUACAUCUUCUAUCAAAUGAUGUUGAUGGGUGGCACCAUCCUGGGCCCCGGAACGAUCUUUCUUAUGUUGGUGGGUGCUUUCGUGGCCGCCUUCCGCAUUGACAAUUGGACAUCCUUCCACUACAACAUCGUACCGAUCUUAGCCUUUAUGGUAGUCUGCUUCACGUGUAAAUCCAAUAUACAGCUGUUUGUGGCUCAAGUCCUGUCCACGGCAUAUGCCUUAAUUAUGAUGGCGGUCAUAGUUGGUACAGCAUUACAGUUAGGCGAGGACGGCAUUGGUUCACCCUCUGCCAUUUUCUUGAUAGCCAUGACUGGGUCUUUCUUCAUAGCGGCGUGUCUCCAUCCGCAAGAGUUCUGGUGUAUAUCGUGUGGUCUCAUCUAUCUGUUGUCCAUUCCUUCUAUGUACUUGCUUUUGAUUUUGUAUUCGAUUAUAAAUUUGAAUGUCGUCUCCUGGGGUACACGAGAAGUGGUGGCAAAGAAGACCAAAAAGGAAUUGGAGGCCGAGAAGAAAGCCGCCGAGGAGGCAGCCAAAAAGGUUAAGCAAAAAAGUAUGCUGGGAUUCUUACAGGGUGGCAUGGGCAGCAAUGCCGAUGAUGAAGGCUCCGUAGAGUUCUCCUUGGCCGGUCUAUUCCGUUGUGUUUUCUGUACACAUGGCAAGACAUCCGAUGAGAAGCAGCAACUUACAGCCAUUGCCGAAUCAUUGGACACCAUCAAGACGCGCAUUGACAGCAUUGAACAGACAGUCAAUCCCCACGAAACUUCACAUCGCCACGGUCGCCGGCGUACCACCUCAGGCAGUUCAAAGGACCACCAUUUGUUAUCCUCCGUGGCAGAAAAGUCUGGUGAUGAAUCCGAUGAAACCGAAUCCGAUUCUUCCGGUGAGCCCAAGCAGGAAAGAGACUUCCUUACGAAUCCCUAUUGGAUAGAAGACCCCGAUCUGCGUAAAGGUGAAGUGGAUUUCCUCUCUAGCUCUGAAAUUCAAUUCUGGAAAGACUUGAUUGACAAAUAUCUCUUCCCCAUCGAUAAUGAUCCCGUUGAACAGGCAAGAAUUGCUAAAGAUCUUAAAGAAUUGCGCGAUUCAUCGGUUUUCGCCUUCUUCAUGGUGAAUGCCCUAUUCGUACUAAUCGUGUUCUUAUUGCAAUUGAACAAGGAUAAUAUCCACGUCAAGUGGCCAUUCGGUGUACGCACAAAUAUCACCUAUGAUGAAUCCACACAGGAGGUCCACAUAUCCAAAGAGUAUCUACAAUUGGAACCCAUCGGUUUGGUGUUUGUGUUCUUCUUCGCAUUGAUUUUGGUCAUACAAUUUACGGCCAUGUUGUUCCAUCGUUUCGGCACCUUGGCGCACAUUUUGUCUUCGACAGAAUUGAAUUUCUGUAAAAAGAAAACUGAGGACAUGUCACAGGAUGCUCUAAUAGAUAAGCAUGCGGUUGAAAUAGUGAAAAAUCUCCAACGACUGCAAGGUAUCGACGGAGACUAUGACAAUGAUUCCGGCAGUGGUCCCGAUCGCAUCGCUCGACGCAAAACUAUACAGAAUCUGGAAAAGGCCCGCCAACCUAGACGACAGAUUGGUACUCUUGAUGUGGCAUUCAAGAAGCGUUUUAUGAAAUUAACAGCGGAUGCAGAAAAUAAUCCCUCAACACCUAUUUUGACGAGACGUUUAACAAUGCGUGCCGAAACCAUAAGGGCCUUGGAGGUUCGCAAAAAUUCAGUUAUGGCCGAGAGAAGGAAAUCGGCCAUGCAAACCUUGGGGGCAAAGAACGAAUAUGGCAUUACAACUGCAACAGCGUUAAACAAUAACGGUGGCAUACCAAAUGCUCGCAGUGGUCGUAUUUCUAAUGCAGGCAUUAGCAUUAAAGAUGUGUUCAAUGUCAACGGUGGACCAGGGGAGCAAAUCUAUGGUUCCAAUGGCGGUGGCACCAUCAACCAAGGAUACGAACAUGUGACUGAAGAAGACGAAGUCAACUCUCUAAGAUUAACAACCAGAAAUCCGCCGCAGGUUACAUGGGGUACUAAUAGCAACAGUUCGGGCCGUUUAUAAGAAGUCACCAGAUUUGCUGCUAUUAACUUAGGACGAAACUAUUUAAAUUUAUAUAAAUUAGUGUUUUUUUUACAAAUUAUAAUAUCUCAUAAUAGUUUUAAGCCCUGUCACAAAUCUUUCUUUACUUAAAAAAAAUGUUUAUUGUCUUCCCAAUGCUACUGCCGUUGCAAUAUUCUAUUGCUUUCUUAAAGUAUUUCUCUUUUUACGCAUUUUACUGCCCUUUGCCAACUGCCUUUUUUUCUUAUAUGUUUAUUAUAUAAUAUAUAUAUAUAAUUUUUUUGUUACUUGUUUAUGUGCUAAUUACUCGUAAUUCGCCCUUCAAAUGUAUAUACAAACAUACAGACAUACAUAUCUACAUAUAAAUAGUUACGAUUAGAAAUACACAACGAACAAUUUUGAUGGCUUAGUUCACUCAAAUGUUAUCAUUUAAGCUAAUCACACUGCCUCUUUAAUUUGUAACGUAGAGCGUAGAGCCCCAGAGAUUUUUUCCAAUUCAAAAUGGCAAGUUAACAUCCACCAAACACUUGUUGAAGGAGCUACUGCACAUCAUGCCUACAUUAACAACAAAAAAUAAAAUUGUCGAUAUUUAGAGUAAAUGAGAAGAAUUCAAAGAAAUUGUUGUUACUUUUGACAACAAUACCAGUGUAUGAUCCUUAAACACAAUACUCAUCUAAUGUCAAUUAUUUGAAAAAAUUAAAUAAAUAAAACGAAAUACAAGUUGUUUGGACGUAUAAACUAUUGAAAGAAAAUAAAGUGAUUAAAUUAUUUAGAAAUAAAUUGUACAUUGUAAUUGCAGAAGCUACUUAUGAAGAACGUAUGGAGGUAUCUUGGCCACAUACAAGAUACAACUCAUACUUACAUACAUUUGUAAAUACCUAUUUAGAAUAUUUUUAAUAAAUCUUAAUUGAAUCUCAAA